AUGAAUGAGGAUGUGAAUGGGUUUAGUGAGGACGUGAAUGGGUUUAGUGAGGACGUGAAUGGGUUUAAUGAGGAUGUGAAUGGGUUUAAUGAGGACGUGAAUGGGUUAAGUGAGGACGUGAAUGGGUUAAGUGAGGACGUGAAUGGGUUUAAUGAGGACGUGAAUGGGUUAAGUGAGGAUGUGAAUGGGUUAAGUGAGGAUGUGAAUGGGUUAGGUGAGGAUGUGAAUGGGUUAGGUGAGGAUGUGAAUGGGUUAAGUGAGGACGUGAAUGGGUUAAGUGAGGACGUGAAUGGGUUAAGUGAGGAUGUGAAUGGGUUAAGUGAGGAUGUGAGUGGGUUAAGUGAGGAUGUGAAUGGGUCAAGUGAGGACGUGAAUGGGUUUAAUGAGGACGUGAAUGGGUUUAAUGAGGACGUGAAUGGGUUUAAUGAGGACGUGAAUGGGUUUAAUGAGGACGUGAAUGGGUUAAGUGAGGAUGUGAAUGGGUUUAGUGAGGACGUGAAUGGGUUUAAUGAGGACGUGAAUGGGUUUAAUGAGGACGUGAAUGGGUUUAAUGAGGACGUGAAUGGGUUAAGUGAGGAUGUGAAUGGGUUUAGUGAGGACGUGAAUGGGUUUAGUGAGGACGUGAAUGGGUUUAAUGAGGACGUGAAUGGGUUAAGUGUCUCUAAUACAGUAACCUCUAGUGUCUCUAAUACAGUAACCUCUAGUAUCUCUAAUACAGUAACCUCUAGUAUAUCUAAUACAGUAACCUCUAGUAUCUCUAAUACAGUAACCUCUAGUAUCUCUAAUACAGUAACCUCUAGUGUCUCUAAUACAGUAAUCUCUAGUGUCUCUAAUACAGUAACCUCUAGUAUCUCUAAUACAGUAACCUCUAGUGUCUCUAAUACAGUAACCUCUAGUGUCUCUAAUACAGUAAUCUCUAGUGUCUCUAAUACAGUAACCUCUAGUGUCUCUAAUACAGUAACCUCUAGUGUCUCUAAUACAGUAACCUCUAGUAUAUCUAAUACAGUAACCUCUAGUAUCUCUAAUACAGUAACCUCUAGUAUCUCUAAUACAGUAACCUCUAGUGUCUCUAAUACAGUAAUCUCUAGUGUCUCUAAUACAGUAACCUCUAGUAUCUCUAAUACAGUAACCUCUAGUGUCUCUAAUACAGUAACCUCUAGUGUCUCUAAUACAGUAAUCUCUAGUGUCUCUAAUACAGUAACCUCUAGUAUCUCUAAUACAGUAACCUCUAGUAUAUCUAAUACAGUAACCUCUAGUAUCUCUAAUACAGUAACCUCUAGUAUCUCUAAUACAGUAACCUCUAGUGUCUCUAAUACAGUAAUCUCUAGUGUCUCUAAUACAGUAACCUCUAGUAUCUCUAAUACAGUAACCUCUAGUGUCUCUAAUACAGUAACCUCUAGUGUCUCUAAUACAGUAAUCUCUAGUGUCUCUAAUACAGUAACCUCUAGUCUCUCUUAUACAGUAAUUGCUAGUAUCUCUAAUACAGUAACCUCUGGUUUCUCUAAUACAGUAAUUUCUAGUGUCUCUAAUACAGUAACCUCUAGUAUCUCUAAUACAGUAACCUCUAGUAUCUCUAACACAGUAACCUCUAGUAUCUCUAAUACAGUAACCUCUAGUAUCUCUAAUACAGUAACCUCUAGUGUCUCUAAUACAGUAACCUCUAGUGUCUCUAAUACAGUAACCUCUGGUAUCUCUAAUACAGUAACCUCUAGUGUCUCUAAUACAGUAACCUCUAGUCUCUCUUAUACAGUAAUUGCUAGUAUCUCUAAUACAGUAACCUCUUGUAUCUCUAAUACAGUAACCUCUAGUGUCUCUAAUACAUGUCUCUAA